AUGAUAGAGGUGUUGAUUACGGUCAUACCUUCAAUAUGCUGGCUUUUGUUCCGUUUUUACACCGUUUGGAAAACGCCAGUGGAGAAAAUCAUCGAGGAUCUCAAUAUUGAAAUCCCCCAUAUCCCGUGUAUAUGCGUAGACUCGGUUUCGAGCACAUCGAUAGUCAUCCACUGGGAUAUCCACGUUCGAAGCGAGGAGAGCCUAUACUAUAUCAUCGUGAUCAACGGACAAGAAGCAGCGACUUUGACUUCGACUUCGUGCAAGUUGAAAAACCUCACGCCGAACCAGUUGUAUCAUCUUGAGAUUGUGGCGAGCAACACCAUUACAAACUUCAAAUCCAAAUCCGAGGUGGUUUACGUGCAAACAUGCAUCAAGGGCGACGUUGAAAAAAUAGUCAAUUUGGAAGUUACUCAAGCCGAGGCGAUUUCCGAACUCCCAAUCUAUAGCGAUUUCAUUGUUAAUGAGGAAGAACUCGAGCAAUUGGAGGCGAUAGCAGUUGAUGAGAUACGCACUGUUGAUGAUCCCAAGGUUCUCAGCAACCACUUGGUGAAAGCCCAGAACGAGUUGGCGAAAACAAACACCGAGUUUAGGAGCUUCCAAAGAGAUAUGCAAAGUGAGCAAGAGUUAUUACAAGAACAUUUGGCCUACUAUAAGCAAGAGCUCGACGAGGAGACUGAUAGCAAACUGAAAAAGGACCAAGAUGUCAAGUCGUUGGAAAAAUCCAAGAAUAACUUGUUGUUUCAAAAAUCCAAAUUGCAAGCUCAACUCAAUGGCAUCAAAAACUCAUUAGCAUUAUAUAACACGAAAUUUCGAGAGAAUGACAACAAGAUUAACAAGUUGAAAGAACGCAACGCUCAUUUGGGAGAGCUUGAACGGCAGGAGAUAUCGAAAAUUGAGAGUGAAAUCAAGGAGGUGGAAAACAAGUCCCUAGAGGACAAGAGCAAAUACGAAAAAGUCGAAGACAAUAUCAAGCAACUUAUUGCGGAGAAGAAGGAGUCGGUGGCAAUGUUGUCUCAGUUGAAGCCUUUGAUUGAGCUUUUCAACCUGUCGAACCAACAACAUGAAAACUCGCCAUCUCCUACCCCUGUUGCCAACGGCUCUUCUACUUCGCUACCUGCAAAUGCAAAUCCAAACACUAAUUCCAACUCAAACACAAACUCUCCAUCGAUAUUCAAUAAAGACGGAUCACUCACUAAAAAUGCAUUUGACGCCCUAUUGAGAAUCUUUCAACUCAACCCAUCGUGGCAGGACGAAAUCAUGCAAGAAAUCAACCAUUACCAAGAAUUUGAAAGUCACUGGAAGGAAGCUUUCAAAUUGGAGAUUAAAAAAUUUGUAUCUAUUCACCAAUCGCUAGAGAUUGCAAAACUAAACAGAGACGAUAACUACCAACCUGUCAAACUAAGCGAAUACCAGGCUUCGAUCGAGUUUGGAGGGUAUAGCAAUGCGUUGCCCAAACCAAAGUUUAAUCUGGGCAACAAGAACAAUUACGGCCAACCCGUGGCAGACUAUACAAAGAGAAUGAAUGAGAGGACAAGCUUUGGUAAUUAUUACAGUCAAGUGUAUGUGAAAGAUGACGCUACACAAAGUUCACCCACUAGUUCCCAUGCACUACCGGACUUGUACGGCAAUGCUCCAUUUAGCUAUAAUGAGCAACAACACUCUUUUGCUCAGCCACCGCCUCAGCCACAACCUCAGUCUCAGCUUCAACCCCAGCUACAACCCCAGCUUCAACCCCAACCCCAGCUUCAGUCCACGCUUCCACCUUCAUACCAUAAUGUAACUGACAAUGAUUUUGUUUCCUUGGCAAACUCAUCCAACUUCCAAACGAAUCAUCCAUACAUUAGUCUAGAACAAAUCAAUGCUGCCGCGACGCAAAAUGCUGGUCUUGAGCUGAGCCCGCAACCGUUGCACAGUUUACCAUCCAUCGAUACCGCGUAUACGAUGAAUGAGGGAUUAAUGAGCCAGCCUCUUGCGCAACCAUUGCUGGCAUUCAGCUAUGAUUCCGCCCAGUUCCAAGGAAAUUCAGCCGUGGCAUCGCCAUUACCAAAAAGCUCGGUGUCAUAUGCUGGCGAAAAUUUGAAUAAUGGAGGCGGCAACCCUGAUCUCACUUCGGGGCUUUAUAAUGCCAAUUUCAACAAUCUGCAGACAUUUUCGCAUUCAGAUUUAUGGAACUCCAAUUCGCAAUCGUUAAAGCCUAGUACCUUUAACGAUUUUUUGAAACCCAAUACCAGUUCAAAGAGUUUUUUCCUGAACCAGUUGAAUAUAUGGCAAGAUGAUAGGAAUCAGAAUACAUUGAGUCCCAGUUCUGUCCACCAUACAAGAACCGUAUCUAGCAACUCGCAAAUCUGGAGAAACGAAAACAUCUCCAAUUUAAACGCGUUUGGGAAACUGACGACAGGCUCAACACUGGCGCAUCUUGUGAAUAGAGAAUUCCAACCGUUUGGAGACAAUAUCAACUUAGCCUCUGCAAACUCGUUGAAUUUUGGAGACGCGGCGUUCCCUAGUCAAACUACUGGUGCUCACCAGCCGCUACAUGGAGUUAAUGAAAGCAAAGACCCUCUCUACCAAGAAGGAGAUGACCAUCUUUUCCCAAAGAAAUAUUAA